AAUUGACAUAAAUUGACGGGUAAAAAUUUCAGAGAAAAAGGAUCGCGUUUAACGAACCUCAUAUCACACACACACACACACACACACACACACACACACACUCGAAUGCUGUAAGGAUUUUCGAACAUCUCAUCAUUGGGCCGCUUUUUGCUGUUGAUGACCAGCCGAAUGGAUAUGAUAUUGUUGCAGUCCAUGUCCCUCGUUAACAAAAGAUGCGUGCUUCCCAGGCAUAGUUGUGGCUUUCAGAAUCUUAUCGAUUCACAAAACUUAUCAAGACAAACUCAAAAACUUGAUUCAGCUUGUAGAAACAGUUCCCUGUCGAGUAGACGAGGAUGUGGGGUAGCAUUUGCAUUGAACACUGAUGGAUUCACAGCCAACAACGACAACAGAGACAACUCUGCUCUUGGCGAAACUCGUUUGGGGAGGAUAGUUAGUGCAGGUGGAAGGGAGUUACUGAGUAAACUGAACUCUGCUAGGAAAAACUUCCCCAUGAAGGUUUUUCUCCUGCUCUUUGGCUUCUACACGGCUAAUGCUCUUGCAACAAUCCUUGGCCAGACAGGUGACUGGGAUGUGCUCGUAGCUGGAGUAGUAGUAGCUGCAAUCGAGGGAAUUGGAAUGCUCAUGUACAAAAAGCCCAUGACAACAGGGAGACUGCAGUCUCUAGUGGUAUUGAUCAACUAUUGGAAAGCCGGUAUUUGCUUAGGCUUAUUCGUUGAUGCUUUUAAGCUAGGUAGUUAAGUUUCUUCCUCUUUGAAAACGAGGUAUUGUGUAUAAAUUCUUUAGGAAAUGCAUAUUCAUAGGCUUCUGUAACAUUCAAGCUACCAUAUUGCCAUAAUCAGAAUGUUGAGAUUGUUUUUUUCUGGUAAA